GUUGGAACCCAGCAGUGAUGAUGGCACCAUCCAUCCUUCCUGGAGCCGUAGCUCUUCUCGUCGCGCUGUUCUAUCCAGCAGCGGCCAAUCACCCAGCCCUACGGCCGUGGCCGUCGUGCGACCUGCUGUACAACUGGUACUGGUGUCGGGGCCACCAGGAUGGCGGCAUCGUCUGCCAGCUGAACGUGAAGCGCGGCUCCGUCGAGCCGUUGGCACCAAUCUGGACGCGCUCCAUUGAGACGGGCAACCAGGGCCACAACACAGGACAUGAUGACUUCGGUUUCAUAUACAAUUAUAUCAACUACGCAGGACAAAUAAAAUUAUCCCUGAGAUAUUGCUCCAAAUCGGACAGAACAUCGUCAGAACCACUUGAAUGGCAUCAUAAAGAUCCGCCGCCUUGCCGAAAGAACUGGUAUCACUGCGAUAUAGUGGAUGACAGACUCUCGUGCGAGCUGAGACUGUGUCCCUGGUCACACGAGCCGCUAGUGCCAGCGAGUGGGAAGGCCACUGAUUGGUAUGGCUGUACGAAGACUGGGAACCAGAUCGAUUGCUACCUUAGCAGUCUUGGUGAGCGGAAGAGCCAUCCUCACAGCUGGAAGCACAUACCAUACCCUGAGUUUCACCACGAGUUCUUGCCUAAACACGAGUACCACGGUAUGGAACACUAGUCCCCUGACCCAGUGCUGGAACCGAGUCACGAUCCCCCGGCCGCCACCACCGGUCUGGAGCCGUUGUAAGAGCGACGACGUUUCUUCUUCCCGCAUUUCGAAGCCGAUGUCCCGCCGACAGAGAAACCGUCGCACCUCUAGCAACCAAAUAUACUGUAACGUUCGCCUUUUAGACGUCAAUCGCAACACAUGAAAUAAAUGUAACGAUCAUAACGUCACA